AUGAACAUACCGGGCCUUCCAGGAGGAAAGAGCCCUCAGCUCAAGAAAAACAGCUCGGAUGAGAAUGCUAAAAAGGAAGGAAACACUUCAGCUUCUGCUGGUCAAGCCGUCAACUCGGCACUUUUCGUCUCCAGCUCAAAAUAUCUAAGUGAUUUGCUAAAACAACGAGAUUUCUGCAUGAGAGAGUGUUACAGUAAUGAUACUUACACGGCUCUGCAAUGCUCAGAAGACUUGGUCAAAAUGUCUCGAAAUCCAAAUACAUGCAUCGAAUCGACUCUUUACAUCCCGAUGGUCAUCGUCAUUCUUUCCUUGAUUCUCCAGCUCGUCUAUGGCCUGAUUUCCGUUGCGAAACAACGAGGAAUCCCGUUGGUCGGCGAUUUUUCCUCCGAAAUUCCGGCCGUCGCCCGUCUUGGAAAAAAAUGGCUGAAGGCUGAGAUGUGCAUAGCUCUGCUAAUCAGUAUUUCCAACUUUGCGAUCGGCGCUUUUCAACUUUCAUCUUGA